AUGCAAUCAUUCCUACUCGAAAAGGAGUAUUACUUUCGCGAAAGUAAGCAGUGCUUCUUCCGAAAGGGACAAACAUUCGAGGUCAAAGUCUACAAAGACCCCAGGGAUCCUACCGCUUAUGGACCCGGCUUCCUGGAUGAAUUGAACGAUCUGGUCGAACAAAGUCAGAUGAUUCUUGGUGAGGAUGUGCAUGUGGACUUGAAGAUGUUGAACGAAGAUGCUUCCAAGGAUGAGCAGCCUAAUUUCCCGGAAUCGGAAAUUGGACGAGACUAG